AUGGCCGGCAUGGGAGUGAAACCGCGCCAGGACGACCCCGCAUUUGACCGCAGCAGCCCAUUCUUCAACCAGCAAGACGAGAAAGCGCACGCGGCCGUGGCCGCUACAACUCGGCUCAUCAGCGGUGGGACCCGAGUUCUGCUGACGCCCGGUUCUUUCAGGUGUAUGAUUGCGGUCGAGGAGGAAGGCGUGACAGGUUCAUCGCACGGCUUGCAGGAGCACAAUGACGGUAUUGGGUGCUCAGGUGGUUAUGACAUCAACCAUUUGGCUCCUGCGGUCAGGUACUUUGAGCCUUACACACACUCAAGGACCGGGCCACCGUCGCCGAAGCCGGACAUCUUCGCAGUUGAGCCGUUUCACCGCGCGAUCGGCGGCCAGGUGAUGCCCUUCUUGAAACGCGAGCGAGAGGUGCGGAAGACGACAGUUAUCCACCAAGUUGAGUGGAAUGCCAAUCCGACGAGCAUCUUGGGUCAGCCAGCCAAUGGAAAAUCAGCGCCUGGGCACACAGAGCGCUUUCUGGCUGGGUUGGACCUUGCUGUGUAA